CGGGCGGUUGAAGAGAAAGCCGGUAAUGAGCGGGUCAAAGCCCUAAGAAAGAAGAGCAGUUUAGGAGGAGGCAGGAGUAGGAGGGGGCGAUGUGUAGAGUUAAGAUUGGUGAUUGAUUUGUUAAAGGAAGGAAGAGCCUGAGCUACUACAUCUACAUUACAUUACAUUUACGAAUUUUCUCUCUCUCUCUCAUUUCUAAAUUUCUUAUUAUUUGCUACUACAUACACCAAACCAAGGCGUGCGCGCUUGCCUCGCAGCUAUCCUACAAUUCUUUCUUUCUUUCUUUCUUUCAGAUUCUGAUUCUUAUUAUAGACAUCGUAGUAGAGAAAAGGAAAAACAAAAUCUUUGUUUUGGUGGAAUAAGAAAUGGAUAGUGGAGCGGGAGGAGGAGGCAAUUCCCUACCAUCGGGACCAGAUGGUGUGAAGAGAAAAGUGUGUUAUUUCUACGACCCUGAGGUGGGGAAUUACUAUUAUGGCCAGGGUCAUCCUAUGAAGCCUCAUCGUAUCAGAAUGACCCAUGCUCUUCUUGCCCACUAUGGUUUGCUUCAGAACAUGCAGGUUCUCAAGCCCUUUCCUGCCAGGGAUCGUGAUCUCUGCCGCUUUCAUGCCGAUGAUUAUGUUUCUUUCCUUCGGAGUAUUACUCCUGAAACCCAGCAGGAUCAGCUCCGCCAACUCAAGCGCUUCAAUGUUGGUGAAGAUUGCCCCGUUUUCGAUGGUCUCUACUCCUUCUGUCAAACUUAUGCUGGUGGUUCCGUUGGUGGUGCUGUCAAGUUAAGUCAUGGUCAUUGUGAUAUUGCUAUCAACUGGGCCGGUGGCUUGCAUCAUGCUAAGAAGUGUGAGGCUUCUGGUUUUUGUUAUGUCAAUGAUAUUGUCCUUGCUAUUUUGGAGCUUCUUAAACAGCACGAGCGUGUUUUAUAUGUGGAUAUUGAUAUUCACCAUGGAGAUGGUGUGGAGGAGGCAUUUUACACAACUGAUAGGGUCAUGACCGUUUCAUUCCACAAAUUUGGAGAUUAUUUUCCUGGUACAGGUGACAUACGUGACUUUGGAUAUGGAAAGGGGAAAUACUACUCCCUUAAUGUUCCACUUGAUGACGGGAUUGAUGAUGAGAGCUAUCAUUUCUUGUUCAAACCAAUCAUUGGUAAGGUGAUGGAAAUUUUUAGGCCUGGUGCUGUAGUUCUACAGUGUGGUGCUGACUCUUUGUCUGGAGAUAGAUUAGGAUGCUUCAAUCUCUCUAUCAAAGGUCAUGCAGAGUGUGUAAGAUUUAUGAGAUCAUUCAAUGUGCCACUGUUGCUUCUGGGUGGUGGUGGUUAUACCAUUCGGAAUGUUGCUCGCUGCUGGUGCUAUGAGACAGGGGUUGCACUUGGAGUUGAAGUUGAUGACAAGAUGCCACAGCAUGAGUAUUAUGAGUAUUUUGGUCCAGAUUAUACCCUUCAUGUUGCCCCAAGUAACAUGGAAAAUAAAAAUUCGCGGCAAUUGUUGGAUGAAAUACGGGCUAAACUUCUUGAUUAUCUCUCAAAGCUUCAGCAUGCUCCCAGUGUCCAAUUUCAGGAAAGGCCUCCUGAUUCUGAACUUCCAGAGGCAGAUGAAGAUGAAGAUGAAGAUGACGAUGAUAGAGAUGGGACAUGGGAAGUAGAUUUUGACAAGUUACCAAGUAGAGUAAAGAGAGAAAUGGUUGAACCAGAACUCAAAGAUCUGGAGGGCCAAAAAGCAAAUGCAGAGAAUGCCAGAGGCUUCAAUACAGCAGCAGAAGAGACUAUAUGUGCAAAGGCUUUAGAUGUGGAUUCUUUUUCAGUUGAUGAGCCUAGUGUGAAAGUUGAACAAGAGAAUGUGAAUAAGCCAGUUGAUUAGAUGUACCUUAAGUCGCAUUCACAAAGGCAGCUGAUUAGAUGUACCUUAAGUUGCAUUCACAAAAAUCACACUAAUUGUUUGUUGAUCUUUGUCUAGGUUCAUGUAUCUGUGCAGUCGCAUAUCUUCAAUUGUAUUUCGUAUUUAUUGGUAUUCUGUCACAUACUAGAACUACAUGUAGUAUUGAUGGAUCUAAAGCAGCUCUCUCUCUCUCUCUUCUUUCCUGGUUGAAACCUUUAAAUUUUCUACUUCUAA